GUCGAUUGUUAUUCAGUAUUUGGCAACAUGUGCGUCCUCUGCAGGUCUGGGCUUUGCUCUCAGCUACACACCAGCUAUAGCGAUGGUUGGGAGGUACUUCAGCGAGAGGAAAGCUCUGGCCUACGGCAUCGCCAUGUCUGGGAGCGGCAUCGGGACCUUCGUCCUGGCUCCCGUCGUCCAGCUGCUGCUAGAGCGUUACUCCUGGAGAGGAGCGCUGCUCAUCCUGGGAGGGUUAGUUUCAAACCUGUGUGUUUGUGGAGCUCUGAUGAGGCCGCUAGAACCCAGAGGACGCCAACGGAUGUCGGAGAAAAACAAGUCAAACCUGGAGAACGACUGCACGACAACACAGUCCAAAGACAACGAGCUGAAGAGCUCGAUGGAAACUCAAGAGCUCCUCAUAUCCAACGGAGCGCUCGCUAACUUCAAACUUGAAAACACCAAACUAGCUCAGGGCAACAUAGCGCUGCUGCUGCUGCCGAGCUCAAGCCCGCCGGAUCCCAACGUAACAGAUCUGAAGAUUGCCGAAUGCAUUUUGUUUAGCAACAAGCUAACGGAGACGAUGCUAGUGGGGAUCGGACGGUCGGAUCCCGAACUAGCAGAUGAAACCUUGGCGGAGGACUCGAAACUGGUGGAGAGCAUGAACUUGAACAACAUAGACGCUAAGUUAGAAAACUCAGGACUCAAAACGUCUCCUGCAGAGUCUUUAGCGAGCACCAAGACCUCCUCCAGAAGUCGCUGUUUGUCUCUGGAGUCCAGGGAGGAGUACGGUUUCCUCCUGAUAACCGACUUCCUCAUUCUGUCCGUGUCCUUCCUGUUCCUGGCUUACGGCUGCAGCGCUCCGGUGGUUUACCUGGUCCCGUACUCCCUCAGCGUGGGUCUGGAGCGCCAGCGGGCCGUCUUCCUCAUGUCCAUAUUCGGAGUCAGCGGCAUCGUGGGCAACAUCACCUUCGGGUGGAUCACGGACAGAAAGUGUCUGAAGAGGUAUCGCAUGCUAAGCUACGUGGUGGCGAUCGGCAUGGCGGGUUUCUGCUGCAUGUUCCUCCACCUCCUCCACUCCUUCUCCCUCCUCGUCCCCUUCUCCCUUCUCUACGGGUACUUUGACGGGGCCUACGUGGUGCUCAUCCCCGUGGUGACCUCUGACAUUGUGGGCUCCUCCUGCCUGACCUCCGCUCUGGGUGUGGUCUACUUCCUGCACGCCAUCCCCUACCUGAUUAGCCCACCAAUAGGAGGCUGGUUGGUGGACAGGACGGGCGACUACGCGGCGACCUUCUCUCUCAGCGGGGCGUCUUUCAUCUUCAGCUCUGCGGUCCUCGCUGCCGCCAUGUUGGUCCGACACUUCCAGAAGUCCGCCGCAUGCUCGAGUCCUGCAGCUCAGCUGAUCCUCAUGUGACGACGAAUGGAGGAGGUGUGUUCACCCAGAGCUCUACCUCAUCUUUGUACAGACACUCUAUGUAUAUGAAUGUAUAUAAAGCACAGAUCUGUGUUAGCAUAGCCGAGCACCGAUUGGUCCAAACUCCGUUCAGAAAACAAGCGCUUUAAAAGUCGCUUGUCUUUUAGCGGACGGAUCUGACGAAGCAUGAAUUCAGACUUUUUAUGAAUCAGCAUCAUCAUGUCUCAUUUCAGCAUCUUUUUUAUAUGAUUAUUGCAAUUAAAUUUACAGCAGAAUCUUUUUAUUUGGGGUUCAUGCCGCUGUAGUAAAGCAGUUGUAAACAUGAAGAUUAAUCAUGUACAGAGCAGCAAUAAUGAUUAUUUCAGCCAUGAUUGAUGAAAUGUUAGUGUCUACGUGGAGGAAAGCUUUUAUUGUGUAAAGGCAGAGGACGUUCUCACUUUAAAAGCAGGUUCCCAUGAACAUUCUGCGACCAACAAACCGUUCACUCUGAUUUAAUACAGGUUCUAAACUGUUAAUUUAACAGAUGUUUAGAAGUUUUCCAUUACUAUGUUUCCCUGAAUACUUUAACUAAAUACUACAAACAAACGAUUAUCACGACGCUUCUGUGGUUUCUGUGUUUGUGUCAUUUCAGAAGACAAAUGUGAUUUGUUUGCAUGAAUCACAAACGAGUUUAAAAAAAGGUGCAGACUGAGAGAAAACAGAGAAACGCUGUAAAUCACUUUCCCCUCACGUUAUUUUAACGACGACGUAUUUCUUCACCGUGAACUCGUAAUCAGAAGUGGAUAUUUAUCGUCCAUUUGAACUGUAAGAAUAUGAAGAUGUCUUAAAACCUGCAGGGAUGAAUAUUUGGGGAAAGUCAUAUUCAUACUGUGAUUCGUGAAACGAUUACUUGAAUAACAUCUUUCUUUUAACUGAAAAUCACACAGGUUCAUUUGACUUCAGUUUUGUCAUUUAAUUCUAAUAUUUUGAUGAUUAGUAUGAUUUAUGUCAUGAUUCACCUUUAAUAUGCCUCAUAUAUCUCCAUAAAUGUUAUUAUUUACAGCAACAAAUAUCAAACAUGAGACAUUUAAACUGAUGUGCUGAUGUCUUUGGACAUUUUACUUUCAGUAUAAACUUAAAGAUGACCUCUACUCUCUGUUUGUAGGACAUUUCCAGGUGAUUUCAUGCAGUCAUUGUUGGUGAAUUUGGUGCAAAUUAAAAAAUUAUGACCAAAAAAAGGUGUUAAUAUGUGAAAAUAGAUAAUAUCACAAAGCUGCACAGAAUACAAUGUCUUACUGCUGCUCAUAUUUAGCCAUUUGUGCUGGAUUUGUGUUUGUUUCUUUGACUAUAAAAACCGUAUUAAAAUAUCACUCAAGACCAUAAAAUCUAUGACGGUUCUUUGGUGAUAAGAACAUGAAUGUUGAUAAGUUUAUAUUCAUCUUCACUUUAUCAAAGUCAAA